UUCCGCCGAAACAGUCCAGAGCCAAAAAGAAAAAAAAAACUCCCAAACCCGGCCCAAACGAGCUAGCAACCGUCGGGGUCGGGCACACGCCCUCGGCGAGAAGCGCUCGCCGCCGCCGAAAUGCUCACCCUCAAACAGCGUCUCCUCUCCGCUAUCCGCGCGGCCGCCCCACUCCCAGCCGCCUCCCUCCACCGCCUCUCCCUAUCUACUACCGCCGCCGCCACACCGCCCGCCGGAUUCGUCGCCGAGGACUACCUCGUCUCCAGCUGCGGCCUCACGCCAGCGCAGGCCCGGAAGGUCUCCAAGUACGUCUCCCGCCUCAGGUCCCCCGUCAAGCCAGACGCCGUGCGCGCCUUCCUCGCCGGCAUCGGGCUCGCCGAAUCCGACGUCGCCGCGGCAGUCGCCAGUUACCCGCAGCUCCUCAACGCCAAGGUGGAAGAAACCCUAACCCCCCGCAUCGCCCAGCUCCGCGAAAUCGGCCUCUCGCCUCCCCAGAUCUCCCGUCUGAUCACCGUCGCCCCUGAAGUCUUAUUUAGCCCUGUCAAGAUCUCCCGGCUCGCGUUCUACCUCUCGUUUUUGGGAUCCUACGACAGGGUGCACUCCGCCCUAAACAGGAGCGGCUACCUAUUCCGUCCAGACCUUGAGACUGUUGUCAGGCCCAACAUAGCAUUCCUGCGCCAAUGUGGCCUAACUGAUGAUGAUAUUGGCAAGCACUUUCUGAUGCGGUCGAGGAUGCUCCUAACGCAGCCACAGCGUGUGAAGGAAAUUGCAACGCGUGCUGAGGAGCUCGGCGUUCCACACAAUUCUGUGACGUUCAAGCACGCCAUGUACAUCCUCUACAGCUUAAAUGCUGGGAGUCUCAAUGCGAAGCUCAGUUUCCUGAAGAAGGUUAUUGGAUGCUCUGAGGCCGAGCUGAGCAAUGUGUUGUGCAAGCUGCCAGCAGUUCUAACACGUUCAGAGAGUAAGAUAGGGCGCGUAGUGGAGUUUCUGAAGGUGGAGGUUGGAUUGGAACCUUCAUACGUCUUGCAGAGACCAGCAAUUCUCGGUUAUAGCAUUGAGAGGCGGCUAAGGCCCCGGCAUUGUGUCUUAAGGAUUCUGAAGGCAAAGGGGUUUCUGAGCAAAGAGUUUGACUUUUACAACGCAGUUUGUACAACAGAGGAGGGUUUUGUGGAAAAGUUCCUUCUCCCUUAUAACAAAAGUGUUCCAGGGCUCAUAGAAGCUUACGCUGCUGCUUGCAGAGGCCAAGUAGCCACUGAACUAUAACUGGGAGAUGCUGAACUAGAACUGUUGGAUAUUAAUUCUGCCUUGCAAGUUGAUCUCUGUUGAUGCGGUAAGAUGUUACAGCCUUUUCUCUGUAGACAGGAUAUCUGGUUAUCAGAAUACUCGUUCUGUUAUCAUGCUUGCAUGCUGAUAUCUCUGAGGUGUUUGAAAGAACUAAGGUUGAUUCCCUGCUAAGUCAGUAUAUAGCUGUCAAAUCAUAGAUGUGAACUUGCUGCUAUGUAGACUAGUAUGUAGUCAAUAUGCUUUAUGAAUUUCGAUUUUCGAAAUGUAACACUGCUCAUUGCUAUCAGUUCGGUAGAAAUGUCCUUCUUUGUCAAGCGACUUACUUUAUUGCUUUCUUGGAACUUUAGUCUAACAUUUAGACUGUAACAAUAGCUAUGGACACGCACCAGCUGUCCAGCUCAAUGCUUGUUCUUGUUGCCACUGUUGUUCUUGAGUUGAAAUUGCUGUUGUUAUAGCUCAAAGGGGUGUUUCGACUCCUGUUUCCGUCCUUUUCAUGGGACUACUUUCCAUAGUUGUAAUUUCUUUCAUUCUAUAGAGCUCCUGCCGUUAUUUGCGAAAACUUGAAACCUGGGCUAAGAUAACCUGGGAGGCUGGGACUAAUGAUGAGUACUUGGGUUAGUUAAAUUUCCGUUUCAGUGAAACAUUGAGCUCAUUUCGUUUGUUUGGAAACGUCAUCACCAAGGAAGAUCAUUUGAUGAGAUAUGGUUUGGUUGGGUGCAUAGGGAUUUGAAAAUUUUGAAAGGAUGCAAAGGAUUAGAGGAGCUGUGCUGUGAAAGGUAGUAGGCUUUUUUGGUUCCGUUAGGUUAAGGGAUAAGAGGGGAUAUAGUCUGAAAAAGAACAGAAAAUAAUUAGGAAGUCUAAGAGCUAAUGAAGAAUAUGAAUUAGGCUUCACCUUUUUUUCAGUUGAAACUUGACUUUCCUAUGAAGAAUGAUGAAAACAUGAAGUGCUGGAUUUCAUGUUUGAACUAAACACAAGCAUGCUGAGCUAAAUAGGAGCAUUUCUAAGGGUGUCUUGCACAAAAGAGCGCGAUCACUUGUUUCAUUUAUGUGGAUAAGCAGGUUAUUGACUAUUAAUGAAUUAUUGCGUUGCCAAAUGCACAUGGAAUGUUGUGUGCUGAAUAUUUGGGGUAUAUUGCGCCAACAAAUGGAUUCAUGUAUGGCAAGUGAGCUAAUGGGCGACAGCAGGCCGGAGUAGGAUCUGACGAGUCACGGUGAUGGAGAAUGAAGAUUCUAUGUUCUUGAUAACAAAAUAUAGUGUUGCUGGCAAAUUGCUGGUACUGGUGAGUGCUCGUUGUGGACUUGUGGGCGAACUCCGGGUGGGGUCUGCUGAAGUGCUAAGCGCUGCCCGAGCUUCUCGUCUCGUCAUGUAACAGAAACGCAAAGCCACUCGCAUUGUGGCUCAUAUUGUCAGUUAAGUGGUAUGCACUCUUGAGGUCUUGCCAUGUUUUCCAUUUAACAGAACUGUUGUCUCUCCUGGAUAAUGACCCUGAAAUUAUUUAUCUUCUUUA